AAUAAACAUUCCUUCGGAGGUAUGGUUUUUGGUUGGAGGAAAGCCGCUGAGGUUCUCUCUAUAUGAAUAUGAAGAAAUUAGUGGUUUGAAUUGUGAGAAGAUUGAUGAAACAGAGUUUGAAGUCGAUCAUACACCUUUAUGGGCGGCUUUAAAGGUGAAAGCUUUUAAUGGACCCAACUGGGAGGAGCUAGUUGAGGGUUUGAGAAGCUGCCGUGGGUGGUCUGAUGAAAUGAAGACGCAGAUAGCUCGGUUGUAUCUUGUUCAUGUUGGAGUGCUUGGUUUAUCAAGGAACAGUCGGAUUCCUCUGGAAUACGCUAAAAGGGCGUUGAAUGAAGAAGCAUUUGAGAGUUUUCAAUGGGGUAGGGUUGGAUUCAAGAGUUUAGUUGAUUCCAUCAAAGUCCUUGGGUUACCUAACAAUGCUUAUACCCUCCAUGGAUGUGUCCAUGUAUUGCUGAUAUGGGCAUUUGAGAGCGUGAAGGUGCUGGGGGCUAGCUACGGGAAUGUAAGAGAAGGUGUAGAUUUGCCUCUGUUAAGGUGGAGAGGAGGGAGGCCAAGGAAGGAUAUCGAAGCCUUCAUAUCCGGGAGCAAACUCCUUAAUAAUGGGGAGCUUCAGGUGAAGCAUUUAGUACCUAAACCUUUGGAGUUCAUAUAUCCAGAUUGGCCAGGACAGUAUUGUGUGUAUGGUGUAGGAGAAGGUUUGAAGAAGAAACUGGAUAAUCUGCUGUUAGACGUGAUCAAUGGCGAAGUGGAUGAAAGAGAAUGGGAUUGUGUAAAAAAAAGGAAGGGGGAACAUACGAAGAAGAGGGAGAGGAGGCAACAUGUUGCAGGGGUAAGUGACGAUGAUUUCCUUGAAACAGCCCCAACCAGCAUCCGUAAUGUCCCCAAUAAUGCGAAGGAGCAGAAAGAAAGUGUUGGGGACAAAUGUUCAGCAGAGAAGGCGUCUGGAGAUAAGUAUUCAGGUGUGCAGGGUGAAGAUGGUAGUGGAAGGUUAUUUACUAUGGUUGAAACACUAGGGGCGAAAAUGGAUAAUAUUCAGAUAUCGUUUUCUAGAGCAAUAGCGGAAGUUGUGUUCAAACUUCAAGGUAUGGAGAGUAGGAUGGGUAACUUUGAGAGUGACGUUCAACUAUUGAAGAAAGUUGUUAUCAACACAACGGAUGGAGGAGCGCAUACGCAAGGACCUCUUACAUUAAGAAAUGACGAACAAAAAAUAGAGGAGAUAAAGCAUUCGGACAAGGAUGGUUAUAAAGUUGCUAGUUGUGUUAGGAAUCCGUUAGCCAUUAAGGAUAAGGUCAUGUGGUCUGGGAGUAUUAAAAUCGAACCAGAGGACAGUGUAGAGCGAAUUCCAAAGCAGAUGGUAGACAGUGUACAGCGUGUCAAAAGAGUACAGAGUUGGGAGACAGAGGAAGGCGAUAAAAGAGCAAAGUAUAAUGACAAAGUUGAUGGAGCAGGUGCUCAACCCGUUCCUAUUAAUGUUAUCCAUCCGGUAAGUGGUGGUAACCCUGGCUCGUCGGAUCGAAAGUGCGAAUCUGUUGUGGAUUUAACCAAGGGGACCAGCAGUCCUGCAUCGUCUCAUACAGUGAAAGAUAAGGAGAAAGCCAGGGUUAAACCCUAA